AUGGCUCAUAUUGAAGUACUGACCAACAUGGAUCUAGCUACAGAAAAGAUUUUCAAGUCAACACUUGUCAAGGAUUUACAGUAUCUGUGUGCCGGGUUAGUUCCCUUUCAAUCCAAUAUAGAAAUCAUAGGACAUAUUUUUAUGAGAGUUGAUAAUUCAAAAAAAUAUAAUUAUUUUCUUGAAGAAAAUAUAGUAAAAACUGAACUACAUGGAACAUUAUUGAGUAGUAGAACUUUUUCAGCCAGACCCGAUUCCAGUGAUAUGGUCAUUUCUAAUAUAUUUACUGGACUCCCAGAUGAACAAUCAAUCACAAAUAAAACUUAUAACACAAAUCUUUCAUCUCCUGACCCGGAAGGACAAACAAAAAUCAUGCCAGUACCAGAGCCAGUAUCUUUGAAAAUGCCACUCUCAGGAAUGGUGCAAAUGCCAGUGCUAGGAUCUGGUCAAGUACAACUUCCAGGAAUUGUAAAUGUGUCAGUGCCAGACUCUGUGCAAGUUCCAGACUCUGGAAUGGUACAAGUUCCAGGUUCUGGAAUGAUACAAGUGCCAGGUUCUGGGAAUGUUUCUGUACCAGAUUGGGCUCCUACGGUUCAAAUUCAAAAUGUUAAAUCUCUAGCCCCUGGUUCUUUACAUAGUCAGAACAAUAUAGAUUCCUUUCCAGUGUCUCAAAUCAAUAUUCAGUUGUCUAAGUCAGAAGCAAGUACUAGUUCACAUGAUGCCAUAUUCCAUGGAACUGGAAAUGUUAUACAGGAACAAAAUAAUCAAGUGAAAAUACCAUCAGAAAAUACAUCUCAAUCAGCCAGUGAUAUUUUAAAGGGUGUCAGAAUCAAAACAGAACCCAAGGAUGAUGUGGAGUACCCUGCUUCACCCCAUAUCACUGUACCCCCAGUAGCAUCAACAAGUCAAGUUGGGCAGAAAAAGAAAAGGAAGACCAAUCAUGCCACAAGAAUGGAACUGGAGCCAUUUAUAAAUAAAGAAGCUGAAACAGGAAGAAAGAAACCGAGAAUAAUAAAACCUAGACCUAUUCCCAAGCCUAAGCCAACACCAGUAGUUAGUGAUGUAGAUGAAGGUUCUCAAUCAUCAAGUGGAGAUUUUGUGGAUGUACCAGUCCAUUUUGGAGAGUUAACACCUGAAUCUACAACAGAAGAAGAUGAAAUAUUCCCAGUUACGAUGUUAAAAAACCUCUCUGGGUUUGAAGAGGCAUGUAAUCAAUCAGCCACACCCAUCUUUAAGACUGAAUGUCAUUUCCCUUCCAAAUCUAUCAUGCAAACAUUGUUAACCCAGAAAAAUGGAUUUACCGUGACUAAAAGAGGACGUUAUAAAUCCUAUAGCCAGAUAGAAAAGCAGAACGCUGUCACCUCUGCUGAAAUCUAUGGUGUUAAGGCCACUUGUGAGAGAUUAAAUAUACCAGCUAUGGCUAUCUUGAGUCAGAAUCAAGCAAUGAAAAAAGCAUUCCAGGACCCAAGGAAGAGAGGAACGUAUAAUUUCUAUACAGAGGAAGAGAAACAGAAAGCUAUAGUCCUUGCUGGUCAAUUUGGAGUCACUGCAAUUUGUCAAAGGUUUGGCAUACCUUUAAGUACAUUAUGGACUUGGAAAAAGACAUAUGAAAAGACUCAAAAUCCACAGUAUCAAAUUGAUAAUGUAAAGGUAGAAGAAACAUCGGAUGACAAAUUUUAUGUUAAAAAUUUAAACCUUAGACAGAUACUGACUGGAAACGAUACAAGGGAGGUAACUUCUCCUUUACCUUCAACCAGUGCAAAAAGAUGA